GUUCAAACUUUCAACAAGCUCUUCUCAUCGUCUUCAAAAUGACCCUCUCGUUCGACGACGCUGCUGCCACCGUUAAGACCCUCAAGACUUCCCCAUCGAAUGAUGAGCUUCUCAAGCUCUAUGCUCUGUUCAAACAAGGAACCGUCGGCGACAACACCACCGAUAAGCCAGGAAUGUUCGAUUUGAAGGGAAAAGCCAAGUGGUCUGCCUGGGAUGAGAAGAAGGGACUCGCAAAGGAUGAUGCUCAGAAGGCCUAUGUUGCUCUUGUUGAGGAGCUCAUCGCCAAGUACGGAGCCUAAAUAAAUUCUGUUUGAUAAUACGUUUUUUUAACAUUUAUAUUUUUGUAAUGAAGAUUCUGUGAUUCCGAA